ACUUCCUUUGUUGUUGAUGAAGUCAGUAGCAUCAUUAAAGAGGCCAUAGAAAGUGCGAUAGGCGGCAACGCCUACCAGCACAGCAAAGUGAACCAGUGGACAACAAGCGUGGUGGAACAAACGCUAAGCCAACUCACAAAGCUGGGGAAGCCUUUCAAGUAUAUUGUGACCUGUGUGAUUAUGCAAAAGAAUGGUGCUGGGCUACAUACAGCAAGCUCUUGCUUCUGGGACAACUCCAGCGAUGGAACCUGCACUGUGAGAUGGGAGAAUAAGACUAUGUACUGUAUUGUCAGUGCCUUUGGACUUGCAAUAUAAUUGCCUUGCAAUCAUUCAUCCUUCUCUUUUCUACUCCAGCACUUGAUUCCAUCUCUGCUCAAACUGUGAAUACACUGAACAACUUCAGUUUUUAAUGUACUUUUUAAGUAACUUUUUUUUUUAAAACGUAGAAAUGUGAAAACAUGCUGUUACACGGUUUAUGUUUGUACUUUGUAUCGUACCAGUGUUGCCAUACUGUCUUAACACUUCAAGAACUUCUCUUCAAGGUGCUAAUACUGAAAUCUGCUGCAGUGUAAACGCUUUCUCUAGAUUUCUUUUUUAAGACCAAUACAAAUGAGACACCGACUUUCACACUUUGUACUCUUGGUUAGCAUUAAAUUAUUGACAUUCAUAA